CCGUCAGCCGCCCUUUCGGACAUCCGCGGCGCAGGCGAAAGAUGGCGGAGGCCUCGGCGGCGGGGGCGGACGCGGGGUCCGCUGUCGCCGCGCACCGUUUCUUCUGCCACUUUUGUAAGGGCGAGGUCAGCCCCAAACUACCGGAAUAUAUAUGUCCCAGAUGUGACUCAGGCUUUAUUGAGGAAGUGACAGAUGAUUCCAGUUUUUUAGGUGGUGGCGGCAGCCGGAUAGACAAUAGCACAACACGUUUUGCCGAGUUCUGGGACGCAAUGUUUUUAUACGAUUAUAGACCAUUACUAAGUAGCAUUCCACUGGACCAAGAUAAUAGACCCAAUGAGAGAGGUCACCAAACUCACACUGACUUUUGGGGACCAAGCAGGCCUCCAAGGUUGCCGCUGACAAGAAGAUACAGGUCUCGAGGGAGCACUCGUCCUGACAGAUCACCUGCUAUUGAAGGAAUAAUACAACAGAUCUUUGCAGGAUUCUUUGCAAAUUCGGCGAUUCCUGGAUCCCCACACCCCUCUUCUUGGAGCGGAAUGCUGCACUCCAACCCUGGGGACUAUGCCUGGGGUCAGACAGGGCUUGAUGCCGUUUUAACCCAGCUUUUAGGACAGCUAGAAAACACAGGUCCCCCUCCGGCUGACAAGGAAAAGAUCACUUCUCUCCCAACAGUGACAGUAACUCAGGAACAAGUUGAUACGGGUUUAGAAUGUCCAGUAUGCAAAGAAGAUUACACAGUUGAAGAGAAAGUCCGGCAGUUACCCUGCAACCACUUCUUUCACAGCAGCUGCAUUGUGCCAUGGUUAGAGCUGCAUGACACAUGCCCCGUAUGUAGGAAGAGCUUAAAUGGUGAGGACUCCACUCGGCAAACCCAGAGCUCUGAGGCCUCUGCAAGCAACAGAUUUAGCAAUGACAACCAGCUACAUGACCGAUGGACUUUCUGAAACUCAAGACCCCACCUGAACCAAGGCUGCCUGUAUUAGUCUUGUUAUCAUAGCUGUAAAUUGUAUCAAAACUAAACAAACAAAAUAGUAGAUGGAUUUAGGAAUCAUGUAAGAAACCCCAACCCAUAAUAUUAAUGCAACGAGUGUAUUUCUUCUCUAAAUUUAAAGUUAAAACCUACAGAUGGAAUUGUA